CGGGGCGAGCCGGGACGGGGCGCUGUGCCCUAUAGGGCCGCCAUGGAGGCGGAGGAGGUCUACGUCUUGGUGGAAUACGGCUUUGAGUACCGCACCAAGGACGGCACCGUGGUCUCCAUCCACCCCAAUGAGCGCUACGUGCUUUUGGGGCGCACCAACGAGCACUGGUGGCACGUCCGGAGGAGCGGCGAUGCGCGGCCCUUCUACGUCCCCGCUCAGUACGUCAAGGAGCUGCCCCCCAUGGCCGCCCCGCAGCCGCUGUACCCCGACGAGGUGGGAUCCUAUGGGUUCCCCACGUUACGAGUGGAGCCCAGCCCCGCCGAGAGCUCCAGGAGACAGCGGGAGGUGCAGGUAUGCGACACCCCAUAAGUGUCCCCACACUGGGCUUCAUGUGGGGCAUCAGCGACCGGUGCUCCGUGGGGCAGAGCGUCUUCAGUACCCCUCGCCUGGGGGUGCAAUGGGACGGGGACGCGGCUCCCCAGGGUCUGGUGUCCCCAUCCCAUAGGGUGGCACUGGGACAGGGAUGGGGGGUCCUCAAGGUUCAGUGUCCCCAUCCCUGUGGGUUUCGGUUCCCCAUCCCAUGGGGUGGGACAGGGACAGGGCUCCCCAGGGCCUGCAGUCCCCAUUCCUUUGGGGUUUCUGUGUCCCCAUCCCUUUCACUUUUUCGUCUCUCCAUCCCCAGGGGGCACAGGGGGACAUGGGGACGGGGACUCCCCACAUUUUGGGGUCAGAUGUGCCAAGAGGGGACGCGGGGACAGGCAAUGCCACCCACUGUGUGCAGGAUGUGGGGCUGUAGGAUCGGUGCUGUCCCUCACUGCCAUCAUCCCGACGUCUCCCAGAUGGCACAGGGGGGCUCCCAGGGCCGCCCCUCAGUGUCGCGCAGUGGGGCAGGCUGUGGGGCCGGCCGCUGUGUUCAUCCCCCCGUGGCGCUGCAGAAUGGGGCUGUCGGGGUCCCUCCAUGCCGGCGCUGUUAUGGGGCAAAAAGAGGCAGAAAAGGGUUAACAGGGAACCGCAGCAGCUCCUCCCUUGUAGG